AUGGAUGGCGGAUGGCACGGUGGUGAAGCUCUGAUGCAAAAGAAGCUGCACGUUCCGUUUCAGUACAAUCCGACUAGUCAUGGCCUCAGUCCUCAUUCGCAACGAUUGUUGCAUGGCUCAUCUCUACUUGCAAUUGGCGCUCUAGAUGAUCAAGGCCAAUUAUGGACUACCGUGCUGGCUGGUAAACAAGGCUUUGCAAGAUCGCUCGGGCAAUCUAUCGUUGGCGUCAAAGCUCUCGCAGACGUGAAAUACGACCCAGUUGUUGAUGCUCUGUUUGGCAAGGACAAAUUCGAGGGGGCAGCAAGUGAUCAAGUGCAAGGGAAAGACUUCGCCGCGCUGGGGAUUCAUCUUGCGACACGAGACCGCGUCAAACUUCAAGGCCAAAUGAUCGGAACUGCCAUAGGAGGCUCGGAUGCCUCAGGAAACAAGACCGCAAAGGAAAUAGCCGAGAUACAGCUGGCUUUGGCUAUUACGGGUAGUCUGGGCAAUUGCCCAAAAUACCUCAAUGAAAAGGAAAUUGUACUUACUAUGCCGAAACCAGUCCUUGAAGCUGACACUUUACCCCUGACUCAAGUCUCACUAGAUCUGCUGGCUAAGGCCGACCUAUUCUUCAUCACCUCGUAUCAUUCAAAAGGAAUGUCCGCCAAUCAUCGUGGCGGAUCGCCUGGCUUCAUGCGAGUUGAAAAGAACGACGCAGAAGGAGUCAUUCUCGUCUACCCUGAGUUCUCUGGCAAUCGCUUCUACCAAACACUCGGUAAUCUCUAUUUGGAUCCACGAGCAGGUUUUGCAAUACCCGAUUUCGACACAGGCGACAUUCUAUACAUCACUUGCACCACCAAAAUCCUCAUCGGCGACUCAGCCGCAGCUACUCUCCCACGUUCCAACCUUGCCGUUCAGCUCCUUGUCAAGUCAGCUCGUUACGUCAAGCAAGGUCUAGCCUUCCGCGGCAUCUUGGGAGAACGCUCGCCAUACAAUCCACCAGUACGCUAUCUUCCUUCAGAGCGCAACCAAGUUGAUGCCCAGGCCAAAAGCGACAAUGCAGCUGCCUACGCACGUCUCCUAUCUCGUACGAUGCUGACCCACACUAUUGCUCGCUUCCGUUUCAGCAUCACCGAUCCAGAAACCGCAGGUACUUGGAAAGCAGGACAAUACAUCGCAUUGGCAUUCGAGGACGAAGUGAGCGGCGGCUACGCUCACAUGAAUGAUGAAGAUCCAAGAAGCCUGAAUGAUGACUACCUCCGCACCUUCACGGUAUCAUCUCCUCCAGGCAAUGGGAAGGAUGGUAAUCUCAGACAUGAUGAGCUCGAACUCACCGUUCGUAACGUUGGAACCGUUACGAACUAUCUUUUCAAGGUCAAUACAAAAGCCGGGGUGGAGCUACCCCUUAGAGGCUUUGGCGGGACAUUCUCUGUUGAACAGCCUAAUCCUAAUGAGGUAGUACCUUUCGUCGCUGGUGGCAUUGGUAUCACGCCACUCCUUGCACAGCUUGGGUCGUUAGACCUAAGCCGCUUGAGGCUACUUUGGAGCGUGAAUGUUAGGGAUCUGGGGCUCGUUGUUGAUAUGAUGAAACAGUAUCCUUUGUCGGCCUCAACGACAAAAGUCUACGUCUCUGGUCUCGAUGAAGCCCAAUCUCACCGAAAAGCCCCCGCAGCAAUAGAGGCAGUCAAAAAGGCUGGUGCGGAGGUCAUUGAGAGACGUAUCUUGGAAGAAGAUGUCAGGGGUGAGAAGGGGCUUGGAAAUACUUGGUACUUCUGUACCGGUCCGGCUCUCAAAAAAUUGCUGCUUGCAUGGCUGAAAGAUAAGACGACGAUUUACGAGGACUUCAAUUACUGA